UUAUUUUAUCACCCUAUUUUCUUAUAGAUCUGACCACUGCAUUCAGCAAGCUGCCGAUAUUGGUAUUUGCUGAGUUUGUUGAUUCUUUGGACUCGUUGGUGACUCAUCAUUGCUGCUUUACCCCAGUUUCCAUCCUACCAAUUAUAUCUUGUCUUAUAUUAUGUCAUCGUCAACAGUGUUCAAACAAAGCUACACCAUGGAAGCGGCCGGAUCCGGCCCCCGUGAGAAACAGACCCUGAGCUUCAGCCACAGACAACCUAUAUCUUCCCACUCUCCUCCCUCGCGCAGACGCAAGUCCUCCUUCACCACCUCAUCCUCGCCGUACGCACGCAGACGCUCGUUUCUGUCCAAAUCCAUGCUUGAAAACGAUAACUUCCAGAUAUAUGAGCUGUCGUCCUCUGCACCGUCCGCGUGCUUCGUGUCGGAAGAGAACGGUUCGCGGGCCAGGAUCCCUUCUUUCUCCAUCAACCUCACACAAUCACAGGGCUUCAUUUGGAAUCAGGACCUGUUCGCAUCGUCGUACCAGCAGGUUAGAGCAGGCCUCAAUCCGGACGAGUUCCAAGAGGGCUCUAAGAGUGUCGAGGUGGUAGACAUCAUUCUGGAUGACGACACAGACACCGAAAACCGGGCCGGAUCGCAGAAAGAUUCUGGUCACGAGACCAAAGGCGGUCGGGAGUCGCACGAGGCCGCCUGUGACGACGAAGGCAUCUUCCCGGUGGACUACUAGAGUUCUUUGUUUUGCUGCCUUCCAUGACCUUACGAAACUGUUGCUACAUAUAUAUACCGCGCAGAGUUGGAGCUUGCUGUAGUUCGGCUUUCUCCUAGUAGCCGAUCGACGCGUCGCUCUGCUUGCUAGUACUCUGAAAAAAUUUC